GGCCCGAGGCCGAGUCCGGACCUCCCCUUACCAGUGCCGGUGUUUCACUCGCAUCAGUUCCUGGCUCACGGCUCAAUUUUAGGCCGCGGCUCUCCAGGCAUCCACGAGCCUCCAACCCCCCGGCAGCCCGGUCACUUUCUACCCCCGUCAAUCCGAGUACGGGCUCCUGGAUUCGAUGGCUACAGGCUCAGGCCCUCAAGCCGCGGCGGCAAAGCUGAAGGCCGCCGGCAACGAGCUCUUCCAGCACGGGCGCUACGGAGAGGCGGUGGGCCGCUACUCGGAGGCCAUCGGCCGGCUACAGCAAUCUGGGAAGAAGUGGCCUGAAGAGUUGAGUGUCCUGUAUUCAAACCGAGCUGCCUGUUAUCUGAAGAUCGGAAAUUGCAGUGACUGUAUUAAAGACUGUACCGUGUCGUUGGAGCUGGUUCCCUUUGCGCUAAAGCCUUUGAUUCGUCGUGCUGCGGCUUAUGAUGCACUGGAACGAUACCGCCAAGCUUUUGUGGACUACUGGACAGCAACCCAGGUGGAUGGCGGUGUUCAAGCUGCACAGGAUGGCAUGAACAGAAUGAGGAAGGUGUUGAUAGACAUGGAUGGGAGCAAUUGGCGUGAUAAACUGCCUCCGCUGCCAUCAGUACCUAUUGCAUUCCAGCACAACUGGAGAGCCAGCACUCCUGGAAAUGCAGGCACAGAGAAGAUAAACGUGCAGCAGAAUGGAGACAAUUCGGCUUCCAGCAGCCUCAAGCAAGCUAAGUCUCUUAAGGAAGAAGGGAACCUGCUUGUGAAGAAGGGACAGUACAGAGAGGCAGUUAGCAAGUACACUGCAAGUCUGAAGCUGAACAGCAGCGAGUUUACCACCUACACAAACAGAGCACUGUGCUACCUGAACCUGCAGCAGUAUCGUGAAGCAGAGAGGGACUGUACCGUUGCGUUGGGCCUGGACCCCCAAAACCUGAAAGCAUUUUACCGCCGCGCAAUGGCCCGAAAAGAGCUGAAGGAUUACAAGGGCAGUAUUGCUGAUCUCUGUGAGAUGCUGAAGCUGGAGCCAGGCAACUUGUCUGGACAACGUCUGCUGCAAGAAGUCCAGAUGCUCGUUAAGUAGCAGCUCAGUAACAUGGGAGCCUUAGAAACGACCUGAGGCAAGCAGCAUGGAGCUGGCUCAUCAGAUGGAGGCCUGAAUAGGCUCUGGAAGAAACUGUACUUGUGUCUAUAUAAUCAGUUUGUUCUGCUUCUCAAGGACCUUUCUUAAAAAAAAAAUAGCAUGACACCAAAGAGAGUAAGUAGGAUUAAACUGUAUUUGAAUUGUAAUUAGUUCAACUCAGAUUCUGUCUGUCCCCAUGCAGUUGGGACAUUUACAAACAGCUCCCAUGCAACAGGAAUAUUUAAUAGAACUUGCUUUGGGAUCCUUCUCUUGAAUUAUUAUUCCGGGGUUAGAACAGUACAACAAAGAAUAUAUAAAUAUCAAUAGGUUGUUUGCAAAUUAUGUUUUUGAGAAGCAAUGCAAUGUUUUAGUUGUUUCUUUGUACAACUUUAUUUGGGAAACUGCAGAGCCUGUUUUCCAUAGCCCAGUGUUCUAUUUCCUUCUCUCCUGUCUGCCAUGGUUUCUGGCUCUUUGUUGUGUACAAUUGCAGUUACGUCUCCUUCCAGAAUUUGUCCCUUGUGGACGAUUAGGACCAGCUGACCACAUGUUCAGAAUAAUGGAAGGUGCUUAUCACUCAAGCCUCUGGGCAUUCUAGCUUUUGGAAAUAGUGGGUCAUUGCUUGGAUCUUGCUUACUUGCUUCUUUUAAUCUCCUGUCACCCUUGUGCUUUUGCCUACCCCACCCAUCAGUAGGUUCCAGCUGGAUGAUCUGGAGGAACACAGCGGGUCAGGCAGCAUGUAUGCAGGGGAAUAAAGGGUUAACAUUUUGCCCCAAGACCCUUCAUCAGUACUGGUGUUGUUGAGUAACUGGACUAGCUCCUCAAUCACACUUUAUUGUGCACAAGGAGAAUAGCCUGGCCCCGUCACCAAACUAAACAAUGAAAAGACAUUUUUAUAGAAAAUUGACUAGUUAUUGACCAACUGGUAACUGUAUGUGCAAAUUCCUUAUUUGCAUAAUCAAUUGCCAAUCACACUACAACAAGUGUUAAUAGCCAAUAGAAACUACAAGCUAACAACCAAUGAUACCUUAGAGUUAGUAAUUGUCCAAUAAUUUAGUGUGUGCCUUGCAUUCUUCUUGUGUCUUGGCAUGCCCAGUGGCUCCCGUCCCCUGCUCUACAAGAGGAAGCUGUGCUCUUGCCUGGGUUGACUGCACACAAUCUGUAAACUAUCCCUGACUGGACAUUAGCUUAGCCUUUGCCUUGUCACAACAUCAACACUGAAGGGGAAGGGGAAAGAAUUCUUGCUGCUUCCCUCUUCCUUUCCAGAUCUGAUGCAAGGUCUUGGCUUAAAACAUUGACUGUUUAUUCAUUUCUAUAGAUGCUCCCUGACCCGCUCAGUUCCUCCAGCAUUUUGUGUUGCUGUGGCUUUCCAGCAUCUGCAGGAUUCUGUGUUGUGCUUUGACCUUUCAUUGAAGUUUUCAUCAGAAUCUCAUGUUUAUGCUUUGACUCUUCAUUGAAUCUCUGGCCCUUUCAUUAGAAUCUCGUGUUUAUGCUUUGCUUGGGUGUUGAUUGUGCUAUCUUUGCUGAGCCUGAUGGUGACUAAGAACAAUACAUAACAUACAGCAUAAAAGCAUGGGAUUAUAAAACAUAUUACAUCAUUGUUGGAGGUGCAUCCUAAUGGGACACAGAAGGCAGGAGGUGAAAUACCAGCCAGGGACACUAGCAACAUGGAACUUCCUUGGGGUUUGCUCACUAUUUCACCAGCAUGAAGGUGUUGAUUCAGCUGUGGAUUCAUGCUGCACACCUGUUGCUAGACAGCUAGAAGAGUUUGGAGAUUGGGGGUAGUGUAGCAGAGUGAUGCUCUGCAGGGAGUCUCAGCACAUCCUCCCUGUGGAAUGCUUGGGUUUCCCUGGAUCCUCCUGCUUCCUCCCGGAGUACAAAGAUGUACGUGGUAGGUUAAUUAUCAGGUUUGUUGGAGGUUGAUGGGGCAGCAUGGCUCAAAGGGUUGGAAGGGCCUAGUCUGUGCUAUAUCACUGAAAUAAAAAUAGCUAGAAAAUUUUAAUAUUCCCAAAAGCCUGCACAAUAUUCUUGUCUGUCCUUCAUGCACUCCUGGGGGAAUAAACUGAUCAUGUAUUACAUCAUUUGUACUGUUGCAAAUGUUAAGUAUUGAGGCAAACAGCCUAUUUUUCCUGUUCUCCUGGGGGUGGGAGGGAGGUGGGGGAAGCUGGUUAGACACUUCCCCCACAAAUCCGGUCUUCAAUCAGGAAGGUUUUGUUGCACAGUUGCUGAGCUUGAGGGACACUGGAGCAUGGGCAAUAUGGAACUCCAAGCAAUGUGGAUUGACAGCAUUACAGACAUGGAUAAAGGCAGUGUUGUAUUUAGGAGGGUGGGGGGGGAAUCCUUUUCCAAAGCUUCCAGCAAAGGACAAGCAAUUGAUUGUUUCUCCGUGGUGUAAUGCCUAGCACUGACAGGACAGCAAUGACCCUCUUCAGGCUUGGUUCCAGAUUUCAGGCGUUCAAUGGUGUGGUUUGAAUCUGUAUUGCACUGUAAAUCUUCAAACUCAGGUAUUAAACUCUCAGUGACAACAA